GAGAAUCGACGAUGGCAGCUUUACCCAAUGCACGCCGAGGCUUCAGCAUACUUUCACUGAUCAUAUUUUUGGUCGCGCACCAAGGUCACGGCUUUCAAAAAGCCAGUAUCAAAAGGCUUCAUCACCUCGCAGUUGAAUCUCCUUUCCGGACGGUACGAUUCGCAGAUUCAGUCCCAGAUCGAGUACAUGCUCAGAAAUCUUCCUUACCUUCGUGGAGUGCCACGAGGUCAAAAAGAACGCUUGCUAUGCCAUUAAUAAUUCGUCAGGCAACGAGUGCGUCUGAUGAUGAACCAAUGGCCUCUCUUCGUGCUGGCAUUCAAAAGCAGCUACUUCGCCCUUUUCGGAAGGCCAAAAAGGUUGUAAAAUCAAUGUUUGGUCGCAGUUCUGAGGAUUUUAACAAAACAGUCGAAACUCUAAAAAAUGAAUCCACUCGUAAAUCGGAAGCUGUCGAAACGGACGUUGUUCCCAAAGCUCAAGCGGUUGCUAUGGAGAUGGCCAAGGUGGUUAAGGAAAUGGCAUCGUCGAUACAGAUAGGCCAACGGUCGGCAGUCGCUGCCCCAAGCGUCGACUUUUCUGGUCACUGGAACAUUGAAGUUACAGACGAGUUUAAAGAACACUAUGAUAGGUACUUGAGAAUGCUAGGACAACCCUCGCUAGUCCGCUCCAUUGCACUUUCAAUUGUCGCUUUGACCACUGAAGAAAUUAUUCAGAAGAAACAAGGGCGAGAUCUCACCAUUCGAGGACGAAACGUUCGUGGCGUCUGGGAGCGCACAAUGAGGUCAUCAUGCGCUGAUGAAAAGAUUCGCUUACCAGUAGUUACGGCCGAUGGAGAAGAAGCUGAAGUGGAAGCCUGGUGGGAGAAGAAUGGAAGUAUGCACGUAUCGUGGAUGCGUGGUGUGCAAAAGUAUGGCGGAGGUGAUUUCGAAAGUAAACGGUAUAUAGAUGAUUAUGGCCAGGCGCUUGUUUGUGAAUCGACUUUUCAUCCUAGCGACGCUACUCGAGAAAAAGUACAAAUUAAAUGGCGAUUCAGGAAAGGAGACGGGAAAGAAUGGAACAGCAUGUAA